ACUCGAGAAUUAUUUUUCCACCUAUCUUCUAGGCAACCAAACACGGUAUAUCGCCCGUAGAUAUAGCGAAGCGGGAUAGGCUAUAGUACCAUACUGCCAGUUUCGCUUGUCGCGCCCAUUUAACUCGCACGCUUUGGUCCUCUCUCUCUCGUCUUCUAUACCCCGUUAGGGUUUUGUCAGUGCAAUGGAGGGUUCGUCUUCUCAGCCGUCUGAUUCAAAUCCAACGGCUACUGAUGUUUCCAAAUUCCUCUCUAACCUUCCUUCUCGAGGCUUCUUAUCCUCUACGGUUCUCUCUUCAAAUCCGGGUGGGAUGCGAGUCUAUAUAUGUGAGCACAACACAUCGCCCCCAGAAGGCCAACAGAUUAAGACUAAUCAAACAAACAUAUUGAUUAGAUCACUCCAGCUUAAGAAACAAAAAGGUGAAUCCAGUUCAAAGGAUAUGAAGGGAGUAACUGCAGCUGAGGGCUCUAGAAAGCGGUAUUCCUUUUAUCUUUGUUAUGAAGGGAUGCUUGCCAUUUGCGCUCCAGAAAGGCUUCAGGAUGGCAGGUCUUCAUCUAAGAGAAGCAAUAAUCAGAUUUGUUCUGAGCAAGGGGGAUCUGAUAGCCGCCAAGCUGAUAGGGAAUUGUACAGUUUAACAGUAGAAAAGCUUCGUGCUCUUCUGAAGGAGCGGGGUCUUUCACCGAAAGGAAAGAAGGAUGAGCUGGUUGCAAGGUUGAGAAAUUUAAACGGCUAAUCACUGGAGAAAGUUUCAGCAAAUCUGCUUACUCACAUUGUAUACUUUCAGGGUAGGGAUUUAGGUAUUUUGUUAUCUUCUAUGUAACUUAGAAAUGAGUCAAAUGACUAAAACGAGGGGAAGAAAGUGCGCUAAAAUUAGAUGUUGAAAAGAAUUAUGAUCUUUUCUCUUGUGCAGACUUUUUAUUCUUUGCUGCAAUUUAUGCCUGUAAAAUUAGAAAUUUGCUGGUCAUGUUACGUGGCAUUUGGAAUUUUGCCUGAUCCAAUGAUAAGUAUUGGUUUUUCGGGUUUGAA